UUAAACUGUGUUAACAAAAAUUCUGUGAUCUUAGUUAAAAUUGGUAAAGUGCAAAUUUUGUUACAGUUAACAAAUAUAUAAUAAUAGUGAAAAUCGAAUUAAAAUGGCAUUAGCAUCAAAUGAAGUGAAGAAACGAUGUACAUAUGUUAAUGAAGAACAGAAAAGUUUGCUGAAUUUAUGCGUAAACAUCCAGAGCUACAGAGUGGAAAGUUUUCUACAACGUUUACUGAUAAACAUGCUAAAAAAUUGUGGGAAAAAGUAACAGCAGAACUACAUGAAAUACCUGGUGCACAAAAAGAGUGGAAACAAUGGCAAAAGACUUGGCAAGACAUGCAAAGUUUCACUAAAGCCAAAAAUGCUUUAAUCAAGAAUCAUGCAAAAGCAACUGGUGAAGGGCCUGCAUCAAGUCAAGUCUUAUCUGAAACAGAUCAAAAUGUUCUGGCACUUAUGGGUACAACAGUCGUGGAAGGACAUAAAACAGUGCAAGAAUCCAAUGUGUUAAUGGAGUGGAUAGGUGAUUCAGUUGAAAUCGACAAUAGUGGAGAUGAGGUAAAUUUUCCCAUGCAAUACAACAGUCAAGAUAUAACGCAGCAAUGUGUGUCACAACAGUCAUUGUCUUUUCAAAAUUAUCAUUGCAGCAGAUUGGAAGAAAACUCACCAGAAAACUUCAACAAUAAUAAUGACAAUUACAAUGAUAAUAGAAAAUCUUUAACAAAAAGAACAACUGCACUAAAAACACCAAUCAAUGUAGUUAACAACGCAUCACAUAUUUCUGUAACCCCAAUUUUAAAAUUGACUGCCAUACAAAAAGGUGUUAAAAGAACUUCUGCUGCACAAAGAUAUGACAAAUCAAUAGAACAAACUGAAAAGUUGGUGAAAAUUUUGCAGGAAGAUAGCGAUCUACGAAAAUCGUACUACGCAGAAAAAUUAAAACUUUAUACGAAGGAGUUAGCUCUGAAAGAAAAAGACAUCAUUACCAAAAAAAAUAUAUGCAUUGCUGGAGCAAUUAAUGAAAAAAAGUAA